GAAAUGCAGAAUGAAAACAGAAUCUUCAAGACAACGGAAGAACGGGACUGAAAAAAAAACAGACCGCGCGUAACAGCAGAUCGUUCCGGUGUAUACUUCCCAUACUUCCGCGUGAAAAUGUUCCGCAGUGGUUGCCAUUCUUUGCGACAAUUCCGCAAUUAUACCCGGGGCCUUUCGACUAAGAGUGCCCUCAAAGGUGAGCCAAAAUAUACCGACACCAUUAACCUGCCGAAGACCAAAUUCCCCGCGCGGUUGAGUGCAGAAAAACGAACGGAAGUUCAGGAUCGUCUACGGAAGACAUGCUUCAGCGAACUAUACGCCUGGCAGCGCGAGAAUCUACCAGCGGAGAAGGAAUUCAUACUUCACGAUGGCCCUCCCUAUGCUAACGGUGACCUGCACAUGGGUCAUGCCGUUAACAAGAUCUUGAAGGAUUUGAUCCUGAAGCAUAAAAUCGUGUCCGGGACUAAGGUCCAUUACGUGCCCGGUUGGGAUUGUCAUGGGUUGCCGAUUGAGCUAAAGGCAUUGGAAGCGUAUGGCAAGAAGCAUAAAGGUGCCGGGCAGCGGUUGGAUCCGUUGAAAGUGCGUGAACUAGCGCGCAAAUUUGCACUCGAUACGAUCGAGAAGCAAAAGAUUGAGUUCGAGCAGUGGGGCGUUACGGCGGAUUGGACCUCUAGAAAGUCAUGGUACCGGACACUGGAUGUGGGCUACAUUUCGGCGCAGUUGAAAUUGUUUCAGGAGCUUUUUGCCAAGGGAUUGAUCUACCGAGAUGUGAAACCGGUCUAUUGGUCGCCUUCGUCACAAUCGGCCUUAGCUGAGGCAGAACUGGAGUACGACGAGGCUCACAAAAGUCCGUCACUUUAUUUGAAAAUGCGUUUGACUGCAGGCGACGGAUGUGCGGAGAUUGCGAGAAUAUUACAAUCGAAUGAACGCAUAUCGGCGAUCAUUUGGACAACGACUCCUUGGACACUGCCAGCCAAUCAAGCAAUUUGUUAUAAUCCGAGUCUUGAGUACAGUUUGGUAAGAUCUGAAACCAGUCAGGAACUUCUACUUAUUGGUUCUGAGUUGAUUUCCUAUGUUUCGGAGCAAACCCAGACGAAUUUGGAGCAAAUAGCUGCCAUACCUGGUUCAGAGCUUGGCUCGAUCCGGUAUCGACACCCAAUAAAUGGAGAAGAGUUACCCUUCCUGUCUGGUGAACACGUCAAGUCGGAAAAAGGUACGGGUUUGGUGCACACUGCACCGGCGCACGGUCCAGACGAUUUCCUGGUUUUCCUCGAUCGCAAAAUACCCGUCAGAUCUCUUAUCGACGAAGCGGGCUGUUACAACAAACAAGCACCGGAUUUCCUGCGAGGCAAAUUUGCCCUCACGGAUGGCAAUCAAUUAAUUUUAGAACGACUACAGAAUGACACGAUGGCCUGCGGAGUUAUCGAACAUUCCUACCCGAUUGAUUGGCGAACAAAGAAACCGGUCAUGCUGCGGGCCAGCGACCAGUGGUUCAUCAAUACGGAUCGGUUGAAGGAAUCGGCCCUGAAGGCGGUCGAACAGAUCGACAUCUAUCCGCACAGUUCGGCGGAUGUUAGCAAAAAAGUGCUUUGCGGCCAACUCCAGAAAAGGCCCUACUGGUGCAUCUCGAGACAACGGGCCUGGGGUGUGCCGAUACCGGUGGUUUACGAAAAAUCCUCCACGAAACCGGUCGUUCAUCCGGACAUAAUAGAGAAUUUAUGCGAAAUGUUGGAGAAAACGGGAAACGUAGACUUUUGGUGGAGUACUGAUGUGGCAGAACUUGUUCCACAACGGGUAUUGGACGAACUUCAGUUAACACAUCAGGAUCUAGUAAAGGGGAGCGACAUUCUGGACAUUUGGUUUGAUUCUGGAAUCUCCUGGCUGAGCGUUUUGGGAGGAGAGCAAAAGGCCGAUCUCUACCUGGAGGGACUGGAUCAAUUCACCGGGUGGUUUCAAUCAUCGUUACUAACGAGCGUGGCAGCCAGGAACGAGAGUCCUUACCGUGCGCUAUUUGUCCACGGUUUCGCAGUAGAUGAGAAGGGAAUGAAGAUGUCCAAGUCACUGGGAAAUAUAAUUUCCCCUAAGGAUAUCGUAAAACAGUACGGUUGUGAUACCCUACGCUGGUGGGUGGCUGCUCAUGCUAUCCAGAACGUAUCUAUUCCCGUGAGCCACAAAUUGUUGGGCUCCUCCGCUGAAAAUUUGCAGAAGAUACGAGGUAUCAUGAAGUACUUGUUGGGAGCUACGUCCGAAGUAGUAGAUAGCCGUAUCGAUUUGUCUAAUUUAACACACGUAGAUCAAUACUUCCUACAGCAGCUGUGUCUAUUCCACGAUACAGUGUUCAGUUUAUACGACUCCUAUCAGUACAACAAAGUAUCUGCCACUAUUGUAACAUUCUGCGUAUCGACACUAUCCGGGUUCUAUGUGCAUCUGAUCAAAGAUCGCCUAUACUGCGGCUCCGAUAAACAAUUCCACAAUCUGCAAGCGAUUCUUGCCCAAACAUUGAAAGUGCUCUGCAAAGUUCUUUGGCCCAUAGCUCCUUUCCUAGUCGAGGAAAGUUGGUCAUACAGCGGUCGCGAACCAUUCUUCAAGUCCAGUCAACGAUUGGACUUUACACCACCACCCGUAUCCAACGUUACGCCCAUCAUCGAGCAGGCCCUCAAUCUCAAGCGACACGUGUUUCAACGGAAUCAAAUGGAUGUGAACACGUGGCUCCUGGCGGUUGAUGCCACCGUCUCGCAAGACACGCUUCAUCUCCUGCAGAGAGUACACCCAAUGCUAAACGAACCACAAAUGGACUCCGAGUUGUGUGAAAUCCUUCAAGUUGGCUCGCUGAUCCUGCGGGAAACCAAAGACGGACAACAGCAUCGUUCUGUAAAGGUAGACAAGCUGGACCAACAACUAUGUCCACGGUGUAGGCGGUACGCUCUGCACCCGGGAAGUGGCAUGACGUCGGCACAUGUCUGCCAGAGGUGUAAACAAGUACUGAAAGCAAAAACAACGUGAGAAGUAUGCAUGUAAGCUGAAAUGUAAGUACAGUUGUUAUUCACA